AGUAGUCGCCGCGGUGCCGUGGCGGGUGGACGUGUCCUGCCUUCGCGUUACGCGUCCCGAGUGAUUAGUGUUCACGAAAUCACCGCUUACGUGCGGGGUGCUGUGCUAGUGGAUUAAGAUAUUGUGUGUCGUGAGCCUGUGCUUUUGAAUCAUUUAUACGAUCAUAUCGAGAUAACUGCCAGUAUUUUGAUUUUAUAUAACUUUUUGGUGUCACACUUUUGGAUUAUUUAAACUAGUGUUUGUAAGAAUGUGAAAUACAUUCUGCAGAGGAGGGCUACGUUAUCAUCUAAAAUUAUAACCGCACAACAUGCGGUGGCUUCAGCGCGCGGUGGCGUGCACGUGAUCAGCUCUGGCAGAAUGGCGGCUCACGUUGCGCUAUUCCUUCUCCUCUGCCUCGUCCACUGCCACACCAAGACCGUGCUGCAAGAUAAACUUGCGGGUGUGCGCACAGUGGACGUGCAGGCAGUGGAGGGGAUGGUCGCGCAGUUCCCCUGCGAUCUGGGGACGGCCGCCAACGACAAAGUAUACAUGGUGUUCUGGUUUAGAGACGACGCCGGCAUCCCGUUAUACAGUUUUGACGUGCGUGGCAAGCACCUAUCUGAGGCAAGACACUGGUCUGCACCAGAAGUGUUCGGCCCGCGAGCUCAUUUCUCCACCUCACCACCUCCAGCGUCAUUGCUUGUACGAGACGUCAAGAGAAGAGAUGAAGGCGUCUACCGCUGCCGUGUUGACUUUCGGAACACACAGACCACUAGUUUUAGAUACAAUCUAACGGUUGUAGUACCACCAGAGAGACCUGUGGUGGUGGACCGAUGGGGCCGCGUCAUAAAUACCACAACGCUAGGCCCCCAUGAAGAGGGCGAUGACGUGCUUCUCACCUGCCGUGUACUUGGAGGUCGCCCCGAACCUUCAGUCCGGUGGCUUGUAAAUGGUGUGCUAGUAGACGAAGAAUACGAACACAAUACAGGAGAUGUCAUAGAAAACAGACUACUAUGGCCGGCGAUACGGCGCGCGGACUACGCCGCAGUGUUUACGUGUCAAGCGGCCAACUCUCAUCUAGUGCCACCGAAAGAGGUGUCACUAGUUCUGGAUAUGUUCUUACGUCCACUAACGGUGGAGAUCAAAAAACCGUCUGAAACGGGCGAGGGUGGCGUGCUCACGGCGGAGCGGAGGUACGAAGUGGCCUGUGAGUCAGCAGGCAGUCGUCCUCCCGCUGCCAUCUCUUGGUACAAAGGCAAACGGCAGCUUAAAAGAAUAACGGAGGAGCUCCGGGACAACCUUACCGUGAGCGUCAUGAGCUUCGUCCCCACAUUAGACGACGAUGGAAAGCCAAUCACUUGCCGCGCGGAAAAUCCGAACGUAACCUCGCUGUACCUCGAGACGUCGUGGACCAUUAACGUUGUUUAUCCACCGGUAGUGAAAUUGAGGCUCGGCAGUUCUUUGGCGGCGGGGGACAUCAAAGAGGGCGAUGACGUUUACUUCGAGUGUCACGUCCGAGCUAACCCUCCUGCGAGGAAACUCUCAUGGCUUCAUGACGACCGGCCACUGGCUCACAACGCGACGGCGCGCGUGUUCCACAGCAACCAGAGCCUCGUGCUGCAGAAGGUGACGCGGCACAGCAGCGGCCGCUACGCCUGCUCAGCUCUCAACGCAGAGGGCGAGACUGUCUCCAACGAACUACAUUUUCGCGUCAAAUAUGCGCCAUCUUGUCGCACCGGUGGCGUGUCGGUGGUAGGCGCAGCGCGGGGCGAGUCGGUGGUCAUCGUAUGCGAAGUUGACGCGGAUCCUCCCGCGGCAGUGUUCAAAUGGAAGUUUAACAAUUCAGGCGAAACGCUCGACGUCGCAGCCGACAGAUACACGUCUAAUGGCAGUGCUUCAAGUCUUAAAUAUACACCGGUGGCAGACUUGGACUACGGUACGCUGUCGUGUGCAGCAUCUAACGAAGUCGGCUCCCAGCUGACACCCUGUGUCUUUCAAAUGGUCGCUGCUGGCAAACCACACGCACCAAGAAAUUGUACAUUAUGGAAUCAAACAUCAGAUUCGGUGGAAGUGUCAUGCGUGGCGGGGUUCGACGGUGGCCUGCCGCAGCACUUUCUACUCGAAGUUUACUCCGGAGAUGACAACAAACCUAGGGUCAAUCUGACGUCAGAGGAGCCGAUAUGGACGGUGCGCGGUCUGGAGUGGGAGGUGCGUUUCCGACUGGUCGCGGUCGCCGUCAACAGCAAGGGGCGCUCGUCGGCCGCCAGACUCGACGAUCUGCUCUUUCCUGAUCCUGAAAAAAGAACAGCGUCAGAAAGUGCGAUAGGCGCGGGCGCAGCAGGUGCGGCUGGAGCGACGAUAGCCGGCGCGGGGGCUGCGCUUGCGCUCGCGGUCGCGGCGUGGCGUGCGGCGAGGCGGAGACGCAAGCCGCGCAAGCCACCCGCGCCGCAAGCCGAGAAGACCGCCGACCACGACGACACUGAACCUGAUCUCAUACCAAAUAAUUACUGCGAAACUUCAAGUGCACCGUGCCUAGCGGUGUCCUCGCCGGGACGGACGGCUCCCGCACCACUCACCACACCGGCGUGUAACGGUCCAGGCGCGUCGUGGACGUGGGGCGCCCGCAGCGCGACGCCGGCAUCGGCGCUCGGGCGCAGCGCGUCCGCGUCGCUACGCCCCGCACAGGAUCUCAACGUGGACGCCAUCAAGGAGAAGUUACUCGACAACCGAAUCCCGGAGUCCUGCGUUUAGAUGAAUGCUAGUGUACUGCCUCGUCCCCAUCAGCCGAGCUAUUAUGAGUGAAUACGAUGGAUUUUAAAAUAACUUCAUUUGUUUAGUGAUUAUAAUAAAAGAAAUGUUCGUUUUUGUAUAAAUAGUUGACUCGAUAUCUCCCACUGCACGCACACACAAACUUGCCCCUCAAAUGGUUUGAAUGUUUUACUUUGAAAGGCUGAGUAGAGUCUAAUGAAGGCUGGUGCGGGACGGGCUCUCGUUACACGUUGCGUCUCUAAUUAAAGUACAGUCUGACUUCUGUUUCUUCCCGAUCUUCGAGUGAGCCGAGCCAGAUACAUUGUACCGCGGCCUUACAGGCGGCUUUAGUGAGAGACGGACCGUGUGUUCCUUGUGAAACUUGUCCUAUGUAAAUGUUGUAGCUGUCGCCAUCUCGCGGUCAUUCGAGUAAUUUAUGUAAGAUGGAAAGUCGAUUUUAGUAGUAUAACAAUGUCUUCUUCUAAGAAAAUUUGCUUUAAAUAUAUAUAAUAACGAAUAAUUGUCACAAAAAUGGUAAAGAAAAUUACGACAUAAUCGAUUUUACAAAAUAAACUUUGUCGACCGGAUUGUAUUAUUGAAAUCGACUGUUCUCGAAGUAAUAUUAAUUCGGAGACUAUAAUUCUGUUAUUUCGUUUAGAUAAAUCCUGUGAUGUAAAUAGUAGUUUGUAAGGGACUGAGUCUUUGCCACUUUUUUACAUACUAUGUCUACGAAUCUAGCUAAUUUGUCGAUCUGAACAGACGACGUCGACGAGACGAUGACGUCAUCGAUAUCUGGAGAGCGCUCCGUGUAAAUAAACUUUGUAACUUCUCAUUGUUAAGGUUUCCAUGUCGGCUUAGGAGAGCUCUCCCGGCUGGGUGAGUCAUAGAACCGAAGGCAAAGAACGUAAGGAGUCCAUUACUUAAUUUACCAAUAAUGAUGUAUUUACUACUAUAUAGUAAACAUAUAUCAAUUAUCAGGCAAAUAUUAUGAAGGUGAAAGUAACACUGUAUAUCUAUCUGUUUGUUAGCUCUACUACGUCAACUACGUAGGUACUGAACCGAUCGCAAUGAAAUUUAACAAAGAGGUAGCCUGGGCCUGCGUAAGGCCGUUUUACAUAUAAGGACAUAUCUCUCAUGCAUAUCAUUUACAAAUAUUCAAUAACUAAAAUAACGCAAAGAUGGCCGAGUGGAGAGAAUACAUAGAUGCGAACUGACCAUUUUGGGUUCAAAUCCGGUCACGAACCACUAGGUUUUAACGUGAUCUAUUUGUGCUUAUAAUUAAUCUCGCAAACCGGGAUUCACAGGUUACUUUUACUUUAAAAGAUGAUAAAAUGGAUAUAAAAAUGUUGUAUUUAUCCCUUCAAUAUUUUAUUAAUACGCAAUGCAACGUUCUAUGACUCGCUGGAAGGUAUUAGAUGGCUCUCUGGUGCGCGCGCCUAUCUUGUGCAGUGUUCGUGACGACGAUAAAAUGAUCCCCGACUUUUAAUAUACUAAGAAUCGUUUUCGACAUAUCUGGACAUAAUCUUUGAAUAGAAAUAUAAUAUAAGUUCGAUGUAAGUGUAAAUGUAGCUUACUUGGAUCAUCUUUCAUAGUUCUCAUAUUUUUUUAAAUUAUUUAAACAUACUCAUACCGGACGUACAUGCUGAUUAUUAAUUAUUCAUGAUAUAAGCUAAUACAUACAGAAAAAACUUUAUUAAUAUCAAGCAUUAAUUUGUGGCGUUUUGAAGAAAUAAUGAUAUCGAUUACGGCAACUGCAAGUGUGUGCGAAAUUUCAGUUUGUCUUAAGCUGCAGUUAAACUUGACGUUGACAUGACAGGUGAGGUUUAAUAAAAGCUCGUAUUAGAUACAAGACGUCGACAAAUAACUGUUUAGUUGUGUAAAUAAAACAAGGGCACAGAAUAUCUCAUACAGUACACAGACUCCUUAGAGUUUUCUUUUACAUUUGAUGUCAAUUAUAUUGUGACCGCAACAUAUUAUAAUUAAAAUAAACAAAUUUUAUAUUUAGAAAAGCACUUUCUGGUUUUUUCCCGAUAUGUUUUGUAUAUUUUGUAAGUGUUCCAUUUCUGUCGCGAAGUCAAUAGCUGCCGCAUUACUGCCGCUCCUCGCCCGCGGCGGCGCGCGGCCGGCAUGAAUAAAACAUCGUCUGUGACACUCGCACACGUCCCGCAGUUUGCGCCGACGCUACCGCUCCUAUUGAUAUUUCUUCCAAUUCUUGAUGGAAACCUAUUUCAAUUUAUAAUAUCUCAGUCAAUGUCUAAAACCGAAACUUUUUUAAAAGCUUUACAGAGUAGAAAUUUGGCACGUGAAGCGGUAAAGAGCUUUCAGCUGUAGCAACAGGAUAAUCUUCUCAGGCGACUAUCCAUAUAUUUUUAAAUCGGUCGACCUGCAUUCACAGAUAUUGAAAAAUAGUCCAGUAGAUGAGAAAAAAUCCUUAGUAUGUUAUACAUAACAAACCGAUCACGAAAAUUUUACACAACUACAAUUAUAUUCCGUAAAUAAAUUUACUGUCUUCAAAAUAAAAAAUAAAAAUUACAUUUAUUACGCUCCGUAUGUCUAUGGGUAUGUUUGAAAAUUCUGCCGUUUUCAUCGUAACGCAGACUCGUGGCAGCUGUGUCUCCAAUAUUGCAAACGAGUAUUAACAGAAUGCAAAAAAAUACGUUAUUUACUCGCGUUGCAAUAGAACGGCACGUGUAACAAAAAACGCUGCGUUUGCGCGCUCGGCGCGGUGACCACAGAACUUGUUCAAACUUUAUAUUAUUUAAAUUAGCGUUCUAUAAAAUUGUUUAGAUGAGCUAAUGUGUUUUUUCAUAUAAUAGUAAGGGAUGAUUAAUCGAAAUAUAAACUGUGUUGAGUAUUAUGUCGUAAAUUAAGUUAUACCUAUAAAUUUUAUAUAAUUUACACCUCAAUUAAUUAAUCUUAAGAGAGCAGCACAAGUUCUGUGCGCGGCAUCACGUCACGCGCGUCACGUCGCGCCACGUCGCGUCACGUCGCCGCAUAUCACUGUCGAGCUUUAUUUUAUCAUCGACCGACUGACCUUCAUGAACAUAGUAGAAUAUCUAUUGUUAGACAAUUUACUUUGUAAGUGAUUUGUUAAUAUAAAGUUUAAAAACAACUCAAAGAGUUCGCCCUACUGUUGACUUAUUUAUUUUGGACGAGAUUAAAGGUUGUCUUGGAAGUACACUUGGCGUUUUAUU